GUACGUCAACUUCAUUGAGCCCCCACAGGCGUUGCCUGCACAGAUUGACUCGGCAAGUCAGAGCAGAGGUCUGGCGCGGCAGGGUAUUGUGGGCUCUGUGACGAUCCAGGGCAAAUGGCUAGAGGAUUCCAUCGAGCUGGAAGUGAUCUUACCCAAGGAACAGCGUGUUCGCCGAGGUGGAAUUUCCUUCGACCUGUGGUAUUUUGUGAAAGAGAUCCGUGCAAGAAUUUGGCAAGAGCUCUCCAAAGCACAGCAGGUCAUUUUGAGUCAAGAGAGUGAGCCGUGCCGUUGGCCCCGAGAAAACGGCAGUCGCUGCACCUUUCGCUUCCCAGCCAGGAGAGAGAGCACAGCCUUCUUCCAGCUUUUCAUGAAGACGUACCAGGUCUUUGUGGUUCCCAUCAUGGUGGACACUGGCAGCGAUGAGUUCCGUUUUCCAGCCAGUGUUCGCGCAGAGGUUCCGCCACCCGCAGGCACCCUCUCGUGCCAAAAGCUGCUGGUCAAGCCUCAUGGGGACAUGUGCCCAGAGGUGACGAGUGUGGAGUUGAAAGUGGAGGUGGGAAGCAUUGUUGAGCAAGCCAAGUGGAGCUGGGAGCAGCUUGGAGAGGGCUCGCCUUGGGGCAUUUCGGUGCCCAAAGAAUCUGGAGCGGCAGAUCAUGCUGAGAUUGAUGAAGCUUUGGCUGGAAAGAGUUCAGUGAGCAUCCGCCUCUACGAGCUCAGCAAUCGCGUGCUGCUGCAGCUCCUGAAAGAUGUCCGCACGGCUCGCCCUGGCUGGUGCCCUCCUGAGGAGGAUUUCCGUCAAGCACUCUGGCGAAAGCUUUCGACACCCACCCGGGCGGCGGCAGAGGUGUUAGAAACUCAGGCACUUGUAGAGCUGCUCACCGCUUUGCUGCAACAUUUCCGGGCACAGCUUCGCAAGCAGAUGGAAGCGCGGCAGGAGGAAGUGCUUGUGAUUGCAGAUCUAAGCAAAGGACUGGAGGCAGAGAGCCUCUUUGAUCGUCAGAUUGGCUGGCCGGUUGCCAAUUCCCCAGCUUGUUGA